AUGUCAACAUCGCACAUGACACCGAACGCUUAUGGGCUGCCAAAGAUUCACAAGCCUGAUUGUCCCCUUAGAAUAAUAGUGUCGUCGGUGGGCAGUCCGCUGCAUCCUUUGGCUACUUUUUUACACAAGAAACUAUUUAAGGCCAUCCCGAGAGCUGACAGUUAUAUAAAAAACAGCUUUGAACUGGUCGAAAGGCUGAGGGAUGUGCACUUUACGGGGACACAUGAGUUGACGUCUUUGGACGUUACCUCUCUGUUCACGAACGUGCCAACGGAGGUGGCGAUCGAUUGCGUUGACGAACAUUGGCCGGCGGUUUCUGGGGAUUGCUCUCUACCUAAGAGAGAAUUUUUGGGAGCAAUACGGCAGAGCUUUGGCACCCCCAUGGGCUCUCCAUUAUCGCCGGUGAUUGCGGACCUAGUGUUGAGGAGAUUGGAGACGGUGUCCUUGAUGUCUGUAAAUUUGGACAUUCUGUUCUAUUAUAGAUACGUUGACGACAUAUGUACUGCGUUGCCCCCCUCUCAGAUCGACGUGCUAUUAGAGAGAUUUAAUGCAUUCCAUCCGCGCCUACAGUUUACCGUAGAGAGAGGCGGAAAAACGAUCAAUUUCUUGGACGUCACUGUGUCUGUCGACAAUAAUCGCUUUAAUUUCGAUUGGUACCGUAAGCCAACGUUUUCAGAAAUAGACACAGGUUACACGAUACCGAGACUGACAUUGACUUAA